CAAAAGUUCGAUUGGACAGAAAAACUUCGCAAGAUCAACAAGCAUGUGUUCCGGAAUCCAUCAUUCAGAAAGCAUCAGGAGGAGAUCAUCAAUACCAUACUCAGUGGUCACGAUUGUUUUGUCUUAAUGCCAACAGGUGGUGGCAAGUCAUUGUGCUAUCAACUGCCCGCAUUGAUGUCCCCAGGCGUCACUAUCGUCAUUUCUCCUCUCGUCUCACUUAUGCACGAUCAAGUGUACAAUCUCAAUUUGCUUCGGAUUGGAGCCUAUUGUAUAUCAGCGAAUACUCCCAUGUCAGAGCUUGAAGAGAUGUACUCUUGCCUACGAGGAGUCAAGGAGGGGAUCAAUUGCCAGCUGAUUUACAUCACCCCGGAAAAGUUUGCCCACAGUCAGAGGCUUCAGAACGAAAUGCAGAGAUCGUUUCAGAAUGGAAAGCUCUCCCGCAUUAUCAUUGACGAGGCACACUGUGUCAGCGAGUGGGGUCAUGACUUCAGGCCAGACUACAAGAUGCUCGGAGCGUUGAAGUCGAAGUUGCCGGGAGUGCAGAUCAUGGCUCUGACAGCCACUGCAACUCCCCGAGUCAGGCGAGACAUUCGAAACAUCCUGCAGAUCAAUGAAGCCUACACCUUCAUGCAAAGUUUUAACCGCCCCAACUUACGGUACGAGGUGCGAAAGAAAGAGAAGAAGAAGAGUGCUGAAAACAUCGCCACUUUCAUUAAAGAGAACUACCCGGGAGAGACAGGGAUCAUUUACUGCUUGUCGAAGAACAGGUGCGAAGAAAUGGCAGCAAAGAUGCAGGAGUUUAAAAUCAAGGCAUUACCGUACCAUGCUGGGCUCGAUGAUCAGACCAGAAAAUUCAAUCAAGAUCAGUGGAGCAAUGACAAAACACACGUCAUCGUUGCGACUAUAGCUUUCGGUAUGGGAAUCAACAAGCCUGACGUGAGGUUUGUCAUCCAUGAAAGUUUGCCCAAGUCCAUGGAAGGCUAUUAUCAGGAAUCGGGUCGAGCCGGCCGAGACGGGAAGAUUUCUCAUUGUAUUCUAUAUUAUUCAUACAGCGACAAGCUCGUGCACGAUAAGAUGGCACAAGACGAUUUCGACAAGAAGGAGAACGUGCGGAACAAUCUCAACAAGAUGGUGGAGUACUGCGAGACUCAGUUCACUUGCCGUCGACAACUCCAACUCCAUUACUUCGGGGAGAACUUCGGCCCUGACAAGUGCGGCAAGACCUGCGACAACUGC